AUGGAGGGCGAGUGCUCGGAGAGCGCGGAGGGCUGGCUGUUGGUGCGCGUGCACGUGCCUGAGCUCAACGUCCAGAAAAGCCUGCAGUUCCCACGCGACCAGCUCGUGUGGGACGUGAAGCAGCAGUGUCUCGCCGCCUUGCCCAAGACCCUAGUUGAAUCACUUCUGAGGGAUGUGAAAUACCGUAAAAUUUUGUCAAUAUUCACAACACAACAUUGGUCUGCCAUCGCUUCUCCAUCGUUUGUUACAGCAGUCUUGCCCGAACAAGCCGCAGAAAUCGGAAAUCCACUUGAAGUUCUCUUAAAAUCAUAA